UGAAGCUUGAACGACGAAGCUUUCGACGGUAGACCUUCCGAAUUUUACUUCCACGACUUUGGAGGUAUCCACUUGUCUCCGCGGCCCUUUCAAUCUCCACGUGGGUCUAUGGACUCCCUUCAGUUUUGUGCACCAUGGCUUACCCAGACCCUUACGCGCUGCCGAACAUGUCGAACCAAGAGGUGGGGGAGCCGGCAUCUGUUGCGCAAACGUCAAGGUCCACAACUCCACGGUCGUUCAAAAAAGAGUCUGAAGUCAAAGCACAAAAAUACCACGACAAUGGCCUUCAAGCGGAUGGAGAGAACUUCGCACCAGCAGUUACAAACAAGACUAUCGAUUUUGUAUCGAAUGACCCAGAGAAUCCCUUCCAUUGGCCCACUGCGAAGAAAUAUCGAGCUUGCAUCCUUGCCUGUACCAUGACAUUCAUCGUCCAGAUCAACGGCACGAUGAUGACUAGUGCCGCUGAGCAGAUUAACGAAAGCUUUCAUGUCAGCGAUGAGGUGUUCCCACACUCAUAUUGGCCAGUAUUGAGUUGGAACCUGGGUGGUGCCGCCGCACCUCUAGUAGGCCUACCUCUGAUGGAGAACUUUGGUGUACGAUACACGUAUCUGGCUAUCUACGCUGUGCUCAUAAUCUUCAUCAUACCACAAGCUGUAGCGCACAACUUUGCUACCUUGAUAGUUGUCCGGAUCUUCACCGGAUCCUGCACAGCGACACUAGCGAACAUCACGUCCGGUAUCGUCAGCGAUAUAUGGUAUGCGGGUCUUGCGAAGAGUUUCUUUACCUCUAUGUACAUUUUUGCGCUACUCUCUGGCCUGAGUAUGGGACCCGUCUUCGGCAGUCUUGUUGUGCAAUACACUACAUGGCGAUGGAUCUUCAUCGGCCAGAUAAUCUUCUACUCUGCUCUCUUUCCCGUCCUCUUCUUCGCUCUCCCCGAAGUUCGUCCAGAUGUCAUCCUGCAUCAACGCGCCGCCAAAAUCAGGCGCGAAACUGGUCUCAAUGUGCAAACCGCACAAGAAAAAAAGAAAACCAGCGUCUCCGAAAUUCUCACCGAAACCCUCAUCCGACCCACGCGCCUCCUGUUCACUGAAGGCGUGCUGAUUAGCUUGGGCAUGUGGUCUGCCUUUGUGAUUGGCAUCGCGUUCAUGUUUACACAGAGCAUUAUGCAAGUCUACUCGGGGCUCUACGGAUGGACAUUCUUCGGCACGGGGAUGGUGCAGGGCGCUAUCGUGGUAGGCGAGCUGGUGGGCGUGUUUGCACAAUUAUUGCAAGAUCGGGUUUACUUUGCGUCUGCGAAGAACAAUACCGAGGAUCCUGGUCAUCCACUUCCUGAAGCGAGGCUGUAUCUCAGUAUCCCGGCAUCGUUCAUUGGUCUGACGGGCGGUCUGUUCUUCUUCGCUUGGACGAGCUUUCCAAGUGUUUCGUGGAUCGUGCCGUCGAUCGCACUAGGGUUUGUUGGAUUUGGCAUGUUUCUAUGCACGACUGCGUUGACGACGUACAUCGUUGAUGCCUACGCCAAGUACGCUGCGAGCUCCGUAGCGGGUGUGGCCUUUCUGGAGAAUCUUAUGGCUGCCUUCUUACCGCUCGCAACACAAAGCAUGUACCGGACACUGGGCUUCAAUUGGGCAAGUAGUCUAUUGGGGUUCAUCGCGCUUCUUUUGAGUUGCAUCCCUGUUGUGCUGAUCAGAUACGGCAGAAAGCUGAGGGAGCGAAGUCCCUUUAUGGAAGUUGCAGGUCACAAUAAGGAGUAGUUGUAAGAGCGAAG